GCCGAGUGACUCCGGGGCUGCAGCCCGCUGGAUGCCGUCAGGGCUGUGAAUCCCGUCUGAUCUCCAGAUUACCGGCAGGCGCAGGAGGGAUGAGCGGCCCCGACCCCAAAGAGUACCUGGCGAGGAGGGAGAUCCCCCAGCUGUUUGAGGGGCUUAUAAACGGGUUGAUGUAUCACAGACCGGAGGAUCCAGUGGAUUACCUGGAAACCUGCUUGCAAAAAGUGAAGGAGCUCGGGGGGUCCGAGAAAGUGAAGUGGGAUACGUUUGUGGGUCCAGACAAGAGGAACUUACCUCCUCUCAACGGGGGCCAAGCCCGGAGAUCGUUCUUCAGAAACGUUUUGCCUGAAAGUGGGAAUUUUCCGUAUCGGCGAUACGACCGCCUGCCCCCGAUUCACCAAUUCUCCAUAGAGAGCGACACGGACCUGUCCGAGACGGCAGAGCUGAUUGAAGAAUACGAGGUGUUCGACCCCUCGAGACCUCGGCCAAAAAUCAUUCUCGUCAUCGGGGGUCCCGGCAGCGGGAAAGGGACGCAGAGCGUGAAAAUCGCCGAGCGCUACGGCUUCGAGUACAUCUCCGUGGGCGAGCUCCUGCGCAAGAAGAUCCACAGCACGAGCAGCAACCGGAAAUGGAGCCUCAUCGCGAAGAUCAUAACCACGGGCGAGCUGGCUCCGCAGGAAACGACGAUUACCGAAAUAAAGCAGAAAUUAAUGCAAAUUCCCGACUCGGACGGCAUCGUCAUCGACGGAUUCCCACGCGACGUGGCUCAGGCUCUCUCCUUCGAGGAUCAGAUCUGCACGCCGGAUCUCGUCGUGUUCCUGGCCUGCGCCAACCACAAGCUGAAGGAACGUCUGCUGAACCGGGCUGAGCAGCAGGGCCGACCGGACGACAACCUGAAAGCCGUCCAGAGGAGACUCACGAACUUCAAGCAGAACGCGGUGCCGCUGGUCACCUACUUCCAGGAGAAAGGUCUCAUCAUGACGUUUGACGCUGACAGGGACGAGGAGGAAGUGUUUUAUGACAUCAGCGUCGCCGUUGACAGUAAGAUCUUCCCUGCCAAGGAGCCCAUCGCAGGACCCGGAGACCUGGACAUCAGUCUCAUCGCGGACGGCGGAGAAGCAGAGGCGUCGGGGUUCCGCUUUGAGGAGCAGGCGCAGGAAACGGGUCGUCUGUACGGAGCGGAUUCCCAGCGAGAAGAUCUGAAGAAGUCGAGAGUCGUCUUCGUUGUCGGAGGACCGGCGUCUGGGAAAAGGACUCUGUGUGAAAAACUGGCACAGAAAUACGGCGUGUGUCAGCUGUCCGCCGGCGACCUCCUGCAGAACGAGCUGCUGACGGCAUCAGAAAGAAGCAAACUCAUCAAAGAUUUCAUGGAACGAGGAGAACCGGUGCCGCUGGACGUAGUUCUUGAGAUCCUGAAGGACGCGAUGGCCGCCUGCGUCGGGAACGCGAAGGGUUUUCUUCUGGACGGUUUUCCUCGUGAGAUAAAACAGGCCGAGGAGUUUGAGCGCAAGGUCCGUAAACCGGACGCCGUUCUCUACCUGGACUGUUCGGCCCAAACCAUGAGCCGGCGUCUUCUAGCCAGAGGCAAAGCGGCGCAGCGGAGCGAAGCAUGCGCGGAGACCGUGCGCAGGAGACUGGAGGGCUACUACCAGAGCGCGGAGCCCCUGAUCACAUAUUACGAGGAGAAGAGCCUUCUGCGUAAGAUCGAUGCUGAAAAGUCUCCAGAUCAGGUUUUCCUCACCGUUUGCACAUCGCUUGACUCCAUUUUCUGAAGGAAGGGGGAGGGGAGAAGCGUUUUUGCCGUCAGAACGUGUACAUAUUACAGAUCAUCAUCGCGGCGACACAUUCGUGAAACAAGCCGUGCGAGGCGGUUCUGUUCACACUCGUAUGUGUUUCCUCACGUGUAGCUGGAGAGCUGCGAAGCCAACGGCACCUAACACACCCGGUGCGAAUAUCCUGGGAGAACCGGAAAGGGUUAAUAAAUUUACACCAAAAAAUAAGGCGUAAAACGCAGAAAUUAUAUCAAACAGAAAAAAAAUUCCAGGGACUUCUGGUUACCGGGAACGCUCGGCCAACGCUUUCUGCAUUUCGAUUGGCUGAAGACGUAUUGUUUUGUGAUUAGCGGCUGGAGGCGUGUCUGGGGGCGUGGCUUUCAUGUGACUUUUGGUCUUAUUGAUAAAUACUAAGAUAACGGAGCAAGUGACCCAGGAAUAGCAUUUUAUGGAUACGUUCAUGAAAUAAUUGGAU